AUGAGCAAUUUGUCGACGGAUUUUACCAUCGGCAAAUACGUCGAGUCAUUUUGCGAAUGGACAUUUCCACUUCAAGCGAUUCUGGGAAUUGGAGGGAACACCAUAACUCUUUUAAUCCUUUUAAGUCGCAAUAUGAGAAGCAGCACGAAUACUAUGCUAGCGUUUGCUGCAACUUGUGACAUUAUCUACUUGCUCGCAAUGACUCCAAAUCAAAUGAGCCGAUGGCCAAGUGUUGUCUACGUUUCCUGCAAAGAUGACAAUGGCACCCUUCGCAAAUGCUUUUCAACCUUUGCUUAUUUCUAUCUGGAAAAUAAAACGCACGUCACGUUCAUCAUUAAUUGGUUCUCGGCGGCGAGCACCUGGCUAAUUGUUGUUGUUUCAUUCGAUCGCCUCUGGGCAAUUAAAUCGCCAUUUUCAGCGAGAUGCAACGCGGCUUUCCGCAAGAAAGAUAUGCUUCUAACCCUAAUUAUUUUCAUUGUCACUGGAGCGAUCAGCCUUCAUAUGAACUUCUCAUUCACUGUGGAGCAUAACUCGGGAGGAUCAAAAAUUAUUUCCGUUCAGAAACCCGCUGUCGUUCAUCUCCUAACUGUUCUCAAUUUAGUGUUCAAUGUGCUCAUUCCAAUGUUUCUUAUGAUAACUCUCAAUUCCUGCCUUAUAUAUUAUUUGCGAAAUCGGAGAAUGACAUUGAUCCCGAGACCGCCAAGAAGUGCUAGAAAUUCGGCAAGAUCCGAUGACAUCCCAACUCCAUUGAUAGCUGAAGUGACUAGUCGUUCGCAUGUAGCGAGGCAUCAUUCUGGCAACAGCAGUGUGUGGAGCCGCAACGCCGGAAAAACGGAGCGACAUGUUACUGUAACGGUUACGGCAAUUGUUACUUGCUACAUCAUUUCUCACAUUCCUUCAGCGGCUCUCUAUGCUUACAUGUAUCUUUUUCACUUGAAUGCGCUCUACGGACAAGGCUGGAUGUACACAAUGGUGGCUCUUUCUUCAAGUGUUGUGACCUUCAGCAAAAUUGCCAACUUUUUGCUCUUCUGCAUGAGCAGUAAGCAUUUUCGGAAUGAGAUGAAAAAGAAAUUCUGUUGGAAGGCCAAAGAUGUGGCGAGCUUAAAAGAAAGCGGAAAUCAAAUGCGCACGAGGUUCCGAUCGCUUCCUGUAAAUAUUAUUAGCGAUUCUGGAAAUAUUGUGCGCGAAGAAUCGAAUUAA